CUGUUUGUUUGCACCUGUAUGUAUUUUUAAUGCAAGCGCCUUGCACUAAAGUAAGGUGCUUGUGCAGUGGCAGCGACAGAUGGCUGGCCCCUUUUCCCCCGGGAAGGCAAUCUCUACGAAUGCGAGCGCGUGUCAAUCACCCGCUCUCAUGUGAUGGCUCCUGCCAGUGACGUGCCCACCAUAUGCCCAGGCAUCAGAGCAGGUAUGUAACCCUGCCUGCUAGCGAUGCCACACUGCAUCUCUGCAGUCCGGGAAAGGGAUAACAGACAACCGCGCCUCUCCUCCAACCAGUGUGGAAGAAACUAGAAGGUAAAGAUGGUGUAGACGAAGCCUUGAACGAGCCGUUAUGUUGACGAGAUUAUUCAACGAAACUUCACUACUUUCGGACAUGCAGAAGUUCGCAGGGUGGGUGGAUGACAGUGGGAGCGAGAGUUCCAAAACCAAGGACGAAGAGCAGGAGCACUGUCGCCUAGGAGACGAGGAUUUGGACGAGGGCGAUGUGAGUCGUGCUCAGUCGGAGAUUGCAGAGGAUGACGAUGACGAUGGGGAUGUUGAUGAAGAUGAUUGUGGGGAUGAGGGGGACGAAGACAGGCCCAAAAAACGCGGACCGAAAAAGCGCAAGAUGACGCCGGCUAGAAUAGAGCGCUCAAAAGUACGGCGGCAAAAAGCGAACGCAAGGGAGCGCACGCGCAUGCACGAUCUGAACUCAGCGCUGGACAAUUUACGCAAAGUCGUGCCAUGCUAUUCAAAAACCCAAAAACUUUCCAAAAUUGAAACACUAAGACUGGCGAAAAACUACAUUUGGGCGCUGUCAGAAAUCCUGCGGAACGGAAAAAGACCUGACGUGGUUUCUUACGUACAGACGCUGUGCAAAGGCCUCUCACAACCCACGACUAAUCUUGUGGCUGGCUGCCUGCAGAUUAACUCACGGAAUUUUCUGACUGAACAAUGUCAAGAGGGAGCCCGUUUUCAUGUACCUAACCCUUCAUUCUCCAUGCACGCAUAUCCAUAUCAGUGCACUCGUUUAUCUAGUACACAGUGUCAAUCCAGAAACAGUGCACAAAGUAUGCGAAAUCAAUCUUUUUUUUCAUCUUACGAUGCUGUAUACACUGGGGGUACGUCACCAGAAUACAACAGUCCAGAUUAUGAGGGCCAUCACAGCCCUCCGGUGUGUGUAAAUGGCAACUUUACUUUGAAGCAGCACGAGUCACUCUCACCAGACAGGGAAAGAGGUUAUCAUUAUUCUCUAAAUUACACCAGUCUACACAGCUCACGUCCUUCUGCAGUUCAUAGUGUUGCUUAUGGCCCUUCGGGAGCGCGCAGCGGCGGCGCGCAUUCCGAAAAUGUUCCACCGUUUCAUGAUGUACAUGUGCAUCAUGAUAGGGUGCCUGCAUACGAGGAACUGAAUGCCUUUUUCCACAAUUAGCUUUUAACACACAGUACUGACGACUUUGUCUUCGUUACAAUAUGUUUACUUUCUUAUGAAUUCAAGUGAUUGAGGACCCUGGAACUUUCCUUUUACAUAUUGAUGUCCCAAACCCACAUUAUGGACCAAUAUGGAUAAAAAUGUGUAGAAAAAAAUGGUCGGAAAAUGAAUUCAACUGCUGUUUUAUUAAAACAUUAUAGCGAGUGGGAAUAAUAUUUCUGCUGGUAAAUCAAAUGUGUUGAUCACGUUGAGUCAAUGAUGUAUUGUAGACCAGAAAAAAUUCUAAACAAAUUGCUGUUCCUGAAACGAAGACGGUUCCUGAUCACAUAAAUAAAAAGGCAUAUGGUUACAGAAUCAUCCGAGUCUUUCAUUUCCCAUUAGAAACGGGUUGGACUGGAAUUUUAACUACUACAAUAAACAACAUAUCUUUAAAGAG